AUGCCAAAAAUUCUCAGUAUUGGACUCUGUCAGACGCCAAAUAAUGCGCCAACGUCCCUCUGCGAGUUGAUAAAUAUUCUCGAGAUAUUGAAGUUGGCGAUCCGUACAUUCGAUCAAGCAGCUAUUACACUAGCAUCGACUCGCGCAUAUAAAGGAUCGAACCAUUUGCGUGUGGACUCUGAACCGAAUGCGAAAAUUCCCAGAGA